CCCGCUCAGACCAUAAUGUCCGAACGUGGUUCGUUCCGAGGUCGCGGUGGUGGUGGUGGUGGUGGUCGCGGCGGCGGUGGUCGUCAGUCACAGCAGAAAAGUGGCGGUGGUGGCGGUGCACAGGAGAAGCCCAAGAAGGAGAACAUCCUCGAUCUCAAUAAGUAUAUGGACAAGGAGGUCCAGGUCAAGUUCAAUGGUGGCCGUGAAGUCACUGGAACCCUCAAGGGUUAUGACCAGCUCAUGAACCUCGUCCUCGACGACGUCAAGGAGUCUAUGCGUGAUGAUGAGGGAAACCAGACUACCCGCUCGCUGGGUCUGAUCGUCGCUCGUGGCACACUCAUUGUGCUUAUCUCGCCGGCGGAUGGAAGUGAGGAAAUCCCCAACCCGUUCGUGCAGCCCGAGGAGUAAGAGAUUUUCUUUCUCAAUUUAACUCAAUCAAUGACUGCAACAUGACCGGCUGCUUUAGAGCGGCCGUGGAAGUCCUUGACGGAUUCCUCGUCGCCUAACAAUGAAAAAUCAAUGGACCCUGACUUUAGCGAAGUGCACGCUCAUCAGGAGCUACGAAGGGAACGAAUGCACCAUGAACCUUUUUUUUAUCUGUUCAUCUGAGAAUUAAUGUAUGAUAAAGACAUUGCUGCAUACCUGAUUCCGGCACGAGUCCCUUGUCCUAGGAAGCCUAGGAACGAAAUUCAUGAUUAUUACAAUGCACAAG